AUGACGGUAACAGUAACGUCAGGUGGCAAUGAGGAUAACGGUAACGGUUACAGUAACAAUGAUAAUAAUGGUAACUGUCACAAUAAUGGUCACUUUAAUGCUUAUGAAUACAAUAAUGACAAUCGUAAUGGUGACAGUGACAAUAAUGGUAAUUGUAAUGGUGAUGGUGACAGUAACGGUUAUGGUAACGGUUACGGUGACGGUCAUAGUGACGGUGACGGCAACGGAGAUAGUUAUGGUAAUGGUGAUGGUAAAGGUCACGAUGACGGUAAUGGUCACAAUAACAGUGACGAUAAUGGUUACGAUGACGUUAAUGGUAACAGUUGCGAAACGGUGACGAUAAAGGUGACGGUGACAAUACGGGUUACGAGAACUGUAACAGUAACGGUGACGGUAACUGUAAUGGUAAUAGUGACAAUAACGGUGAAGAGUAACGGUGACGGUGAGGAUGAUGGUAACAGUGGCGGUGAUAGUAACAGUGAUGGUGAUAGUAACGGUGACAGUAUUGGUAACGGUAACAAUAUCGGUAAAAGUAACGGUAACGGUAACGAUGACAGUAAUAGUUAUAAUAACGGUAAUGGUUACGGUAACGGUAAUGGUUACGAUAACAGUAACAGUGUCGGUAACAGUAUCGGUAAUGGUGAUGGUAAGGGUGACGAUAACGGUAACAGUAAUGGUGACGACAAUGAGAACAGUGAUGUUAACAGUGAUGGAAACGGUAAAAGUAACGGUUAUGAUGACGGUAAUGGUUAUGUGAUAGUAACGGUAACGAUGAUGGUAAUGGUGACGGUGACGAUUACAGUGAUUGUCACAGUAACGGUGACGGUAAUGGUGACAGUAAUUAACGGUAAUGGUGAUGAUAACGAUAAUGGUGAAGGUAACAAUGAAAGUAAUGGUUACAAUAACAGUAACGAUUAUGAUAACGAUAACAAUAACGAUAACGGUAAUGGGAAUCAUAAAAGUGAUAGUAACAGUAAUAGUAACGGUAACCGUAACAGUGAUAGUAACAGUAACAAUAACAGUAACGAUAACCGUGACAAUAAUAGUAACAGUAGCGGUAAUGGUAACUGUAACGAUAACUAUUACGAUAACGGUGACGGUAGUAGUAAUGGUAAAGGUAACAGUUACGGUGAUAGUAAAGGUGACGAUAACAAUGACGGUGAUAGUAACGGUUACGAUGACAGUAAUGUUAAUGGUGAUAGUGACAGUGACGGUAACGGUGACAGUAAUGGUGACGGUCAUGGUAACAGUGAUGAUAAAGGUGACUAUAAUGGUUACGAUGACGGUAACGAUAACGGUAAUGGUAAUGUAAUGGUAACCGUAACAGUGAUAGUAAUGGUAUGUAACAGUAACAGUAACAGUAACAGUAAAGGUAACGGUAAUCAUGAUAGUAACAAUAACAGUAAUGGUAACAGUAACGGUAAUAGUGACGGUAACAAUCAUGGUAACAAUGACGAUAAUAGUAAUGGUAAUGGUAAUGUGACGGUGACAGUAACGGUAACAGUGAAGCUAAUAGUGAUGGUAACGGUUAUGGUGACAGUGACUAUAACGGUCAUGGUAACGGUGACAAUAACAUUACUGUAA